UUUCAACAAGCUAGUCUCCUCUUCUAGAGUUUCCUUAGAUCAUCUAAUACAUAAAAAAAAUUCCACAUUCAUCAAAUUCGAUACUGUGACAUAUAGUGCAGCAAAAUAAGUUUGAGCACUUAAUUAAGAGCGAGAAACCAUGGCAGGCGGUGGGUUUGGGGCCGCAUCGGGAGGCGGAGACUUUGAAGCAAAGAUCACGCCUCUUGUGAUCAUUUCUUGCAUAAUGGCCGCUAGCGGAGGCCUCAUGUUUGGUUAUGAUGUUGGUAUCUCAGGGGGUGUUACAUCCAUGCCCCAUUUCCAGAAGAAAUUCUUCCCGGUUGUGUAUAAGAUGACUCAAGAGCCUGGACUUGAGAGCAACUACUGCAAAUAUGAUAAUCAAGGCUUGCAGUUGUUCACAUCUUCAUUGUACCUGGCUGCUUUAAUGUCAACCUUCGUUGCCUCGUACACAACCAGAUCACUAGGCCGAAAGCUAACUAUGUUUAUUGCCGGGAUAUUUUUCAUAAUCGGAACAGUUUUUAAUGCUGCAGCUAUUAACCUUCUCAUGCUUAUCAUAGGGAGGAUCUUGCUUGGUUGUGGAGUUGGUUUUGCUAACCAGGCGGUACCGCUUUUCCUUUCGGAGAUUGCACCCACAAGAAUUCGAGGGGCACUUAACAUCCUCUUCCAACUCAAUAUUACCAUUGGCAUUCUUUUUGCAAACCUUAUCAAUUACGGAACUAACAAAAUUACGGGAGGAUAUGGAUGGAGGGUAUCGCUGGGUUUGGCUGGGAUUCCAGCCGGUUUGCUAACCUUGGGGUCGCUCAUUGUGGUAGACACUCCUAACAGUUUGAUUGAACGAGGCAAGUUGGAGGAAGGAAAAGCAGUUCUUAAAAGGAUUCGUGGUGUUGACAAUGUGGAUCCAGAAUUCUUAGAGAUUGUUGAGGCAAGUCGGGUGGCUAAAGAAGUGAAGAAUCCCUUCCAAAAUCUCCUUAAGCGUAGGAACAGGCCACAACUGGUCAUUGCAGUUAUGAUGCAGGUGUUCCAGCAAUUCACUGGCAUCAACGCAGUCAUGUUCUACGCUCCGGUUUUGUUUCAGACGUUGGGUUUUAAGAGCGAUGCCUCCCUCUACUCAGCUGUUAUAACAGGAGCUGUCAACGUGCUAUCAACCGUUGUAUCAAUCUACUUUGUUGACAAAGCUGGUCGCCGCAUGCUCUUAUUAGAAGCCGGGGUCCAAAUGUUCCUUUCUCAAAUGGUGGUUGCAAUAGUGAUGGGACUCAAAGUCCAGGAUAACUCUAACAACCUUACCCAAGGCAUGGCUAUUCUUGUUGUCAUUAUGGUUUGCAGUUUUGUUGCCUCCUUUGCAUGGUCUUGGGGACCUCUCGGGUGGUUGAUUCCUAGUGAGACUUUCCCUUUGGAAGCUCGCUCAGCUGGCCAGAGUGUGGCUGUGUGCAUCAACAUGCUCUUCACCUUUGUUAUAGCACAAGCCUUCCUCUCAAUGCUUUGCCAUAUGAAGUUUGGCAUCUUCCUGUUCUUUAGUGCUUGGGUCCUUGUCAUGACAAUCUUUGCAAUGUUCUUAAUUCCCGAGACCAAGGGUGUCCCAAUCGAAGAGAUGACAGAAAGAGUCUGGAAGCAACAUUGGUUCUGGAAGAGAUUCAUGGAUGACUUUGAAGAUGAUCCCAAGGGCAAGGCCCAUGUUUGAACUAUCUCACCUGGCCACCGGUCUCUUCCUCACAGUUUAUUACAUUUCAUGAUUUCCUUGAGUUUGAAUCUUAGGACCAACUAAUAACUCUUCCUUUACUUCUAGCUAGUUGCCUCACAACGGGAGCUCUCUGAAUGCCAAAUGCUUUGUUUAUGUUUUGAGAUGCGCUAUUUGCACUUCCGAAUAAACUCCUCUUGUACUUCCCUUUUGCAUUCUA